AUGGCAGCGGUGCUGGACGCGUUCGCGUCCAAGCUGGCGGGCGUCCUUGUCGGCAUGGCCAAGGAGAAGGUGGAGAUGCUCCUCGGCGUGCCGGGAGAGAUCACCAAGCUCGAGACGACGCUCGGUGACCUGAGCAGCAUCCUGGCUGAUGCUGAGAGGAGGCGCAUCCGCAGCUCUGCUGCAGAGCGAUGGGUGAAGGAGCCCAAGGAUGUCAUGUACGACGCCGAUGACAUUCUUGAUCUCUGCCAGGUCAUGCAGGGUAGUGGAGAAGAUCCCUCGUCAUCAAUUGCUGCUCCAAAAACCUCUUCAGGGUGCUGGAACAUUCCAAAGAUGCUCUUUUGCUUCCGCAGCCCUGUUGUUGCGCAUGAAAUCGGAAAGAAGAUCCAAGCUCUCAACCAACGACUGGAGGAUCUUGAGAAGAGGAGCUCCCGCUUCGGAUUCAUCACGCAAGCAAUCAACUCCUCAGGGUAUUCCAUCGAUAAAGCUCCGAAUUCUUUGUUUGACAAGACUGGAUCGCUUAUUCUCCCUUCGGAUGUUGUUGGCUUUGGAGAAAAUAAGGACCUGCUUCAGCGUGCUUUGAAGGACAUUGUCCAGCAAAAGAAGAAGUUUUUGUUGGUGAUGGAUAAUGUGUGGGGUGAAAAGGUGUGGAACGACUUUCUUAGAGUGUCACUUUGCUAUUCUACUCAUGGCAGUCGCGUCUUGGUGACGACAAGAAAUGUUGGAGUUGCUCGUGGGAUGAAUGCCCAACAUCUCCAUCGAGUUGACAAGCUGCAAACAGAAGAUGCUUGGGUUUUACUAAAAAAACAGGUAGUGCUAAAUGAUGAAGCCGAUGUCGUUGGAUUAAAGGGUAUUGGAAUAAAAAUUGUGGAAAACUGUGACUGCUUACCGUUAGCAGUUAAGCUUCCUAAUAGCGUUAUGAAGCUACGGAAGCUAAGGUUACUCAACUUAAGGGGCACGGCCAUCACUUCAAUUCCUCGUGGCUUCGGAAAGCUAGAAGAAUUGGUCAACAUGUUGGGGUUUCCAACACAUUCAGAUGAUAACGCAGAUGGCUGGUGCAGCUUAGAAGAACUAGGUGCUCUAUCCAAGCUCAAAAUGCUUGAAAUAGGAGGCUUAGAUUUGAUAUUUACCAGCAGGCUCGGAGAAAUUGUAGAGGUCAAAGACGACAUCAACAAGGAGGAGCACGAGAGAAUAGGGGUGGUGUUGGCUAAUCUCUGCCCUCCAACUUGCAUAGAAAACCUGGAGAUCAAAGGCUACUUUGCACGUGGGCUACCGCAAUGGAUGAGAACAAUUUUGAGAGAGUUGAACCUGGAUAAUAUACUACACUUGGUCUCUAUAGAGAACUUCCCCUCGCUAGUCAAGCUUUGUUUACAUGAAAAUCCAAGAAUAGAGAGGAUCGGCUACAACCCAAGCUUACAAUGGAUUCACAUUAGCAAAUGCCCCGCACUAAAGGAAUUGGACGCAUUACAAGAUGACUCCUCCGAGUCCGAGUGGGGAAAGAUCAAGCACGUCCAGCAGCUAAAGGCAUAUGGGAGGACGUCAAUUGAAGAUGAGGUCGACAGGACGUCAAUUGAAGAUGAGGUCGACAGUCACAUAUACUACACCAAGGAGCCGGUCUGGGAGUGGAUGCACGUGCUCGACGGCCGCUUUCGGCUCCGCGGCGCUGGUGUCACCGGCGCUCUUCGGCAGCCAUGCAUGGAGGUGGCACCGGACUCCGUCGCGUCGGAGGAGAUGGCGCCGCAAGACCUCGAGCAGGACUCCGUCAUGUCGGACGCGAUGGCGCCGUAG